AGGAAUCAGAAUGCAGUGCUCAACAGCUUACCUUUUGGUCACCUUGGUUUUCUCUGGUCUGGUGUUUAAAAAUGUCCCUGCACAGAGCACAGAUGGAUAUCUCCUUUCCCCUGAUGUUAUUCUGCAAAAUAGUAAUGAACUGCCACACUCACAGACCAGCGAGGAAGCUUUAAAUAAAGAAUUGAGAAGUCUUGAUUUGGAGGAAAUUAAGGAUAUUGUCCAGUCAUCAUUUAGUAAAAGCAGAAGCCCCAUCUUGAAUAAAUUGUCCAGCUCUCUGGCCAACCUACCUUUGAGGUUUGGAAGAGCCUCUCAGCCCAUUGCCAACCUUCCCUUAAGGUUUGGAAGAGAACUGGAGAAAACAGAGCGAUCACCCAAGGCUAUAGUCAAUCUGCCACAGCGCUUUGGUAGAUCUACUCUUCUAGCCUUAUCACUAUUACCAGAGGCAAGUCAUCUACCGCGAACUGCCAGGUCAUCACGUCCAUAUGCUACUCUUCCUCAGAGAUUUGGAAGAGAUCCAGUGGGAAAGAAGCCAUCUCACUUUUCUGUGAUGCUGCCACUCAGGUUUGGUCGUGUUCCCCAGCUAAGAAGCAGAUAGUGGGAGAAAUGGAACCAACGUAACCAAUGUGUGAUUAAAGCUUUGAAGAUGAGUGCAUGCUUGUUUCCACAUGAUAUUGAUGAACACUUGGUUGAGUUAUUAGUGAUGUGUGUAAAAAAAACAGCAUUAUUUUUAGUUUAUAUUGAUUCGAAGCAUUGAAUAAUGUAUCAACGGCAACCAUUGCCCUUUAUGUUACUUGUCAUUGCCAGACAACAGUAAUUACUCCUGAAUCUCUUGAGUCUUUUUAAGCCAUCAAGUCUAUUAUUAUGCAGACUCCUAGCACUUACUUCAGUCAAUCUUCUGUUAUGGGUCUUCCUACUUACUUGUUUCCCUUUAGGUUCUGUAUUUGUUUUCCAAUAUUAGGACUUUUAUCCUAGAAUUUGUAUUUAUCUUUUUUUUUAAACUAAAUGUUUUUCAAAAUGUUCAUCACCUCUCUUAAACUACCUCUAUUAUUGUUAGUUUCUGAUUAGCCUUUGUUUGUUCAUACCCAACGUUUACAUCCAGGUGCUAGUCUCACAAAAUCCUUCCCAGCACAAGACCUUCAUAUCUGUCAAGAUUUUUUGACUCAAUGGGUAGUUAGUUUAAACGUGAGCAUGCAGUCAGCUGACACCUUUAAUCACAAAAUAUUUGGAGUGGUCUGCCCAAGAACAAAUCCAAAAAGUAG